AUGUCUAUCACUUCCUUCACCCGCUUCGGUCUCAUGGCACUGCCGUUGAUGGCACCUCUUGUUUCUGCCGUCGCAGUUCAGCGUCGUACUCCAGCCUUCUCCGGAGGCGAUUGCUACCACGAGCCUCCCCGCGACCAUGGACGCGCUCUGAAGGACAGCGGUACCUCUUCUGACUCCAUGACGAAAGAAGUCUGCGCCGAGUUCUGCAAAGACUACAAGUACUUUGGCGUUGAGUAUGGAAGAGAGUGCUACUGCGGCAACGUCCUCACUUCCAGCGCGACGAAGGUGGAUGCUUCCGAGUGCAACAUGCAAUGCAGCGGAAACUCCAACCAACCUUGCGGCGCUGGAGAUCGUCUCAACCUCUACACUCUCGAUGGUUACAUCGCUCCCUCGACAAAGAAUCUGGCGGAGCACAACAUGUUCUACCAGGGAUGCCACACCGAGGGCGACGGCGGCCGUGCCUUGAGCGGCUUCGACUAUUCUUCCGACACUCUGAGACCCUACGACUGCGUCAGCACCUGCGCAGGAAAGGGAUACAACUUUGCCGGCCUCGAAUGGGGCCGGGAGUGCUGGUGUGGCAACUACAUCCGCGGCGGUCACUGGGCCCCGGAGUCCGAUUGCACCAAGCCCUGCACCGGCGACAUCAAGAGCUUCUGCGGCGAAGGCGGCCGUCUCAGCAUCUACGCCAUGAAGACUCCUACGACCGCAACUGUCACUGGGGCUACCUACAUGCAAUGCGUCAAGGAUACCCAGAGCCUUCGCUUCCUUGAGACCGGAGAUCGCCUUGCUGCCGACGACAUGACUGCUACCAAGUGCGCCAGCUUCUGCAGCAACUACAAGUACUUUGGUGUUGAGAACGGCCGGGAGUGCUACUGCGCCAACGACUUCUCUGUGGAUCUCCAGUCCGCCUCUGCCCCGGAGACGGACUGCAACACUCCUUGCUGGGGAGACGGCACCACUCUCUGCGGCGCCGAGAACCGUCUCAACCUCUACAAGUCGACGACCACAGCUCCUGCUGACACCACUAGCAACACUGCCGGCAACUACCAGUACUUGCAGUGCAACGUCGACAACGUCAGCAGCCGUGCUCUGGCCGAUGACCACUUCGCCGACGACACCGGUAUGACUCCCAAUAAGUGUGCCAGCCUGUGUGGCGCCAAGAACUUCCAGUACUUUGGUCUGGAGUACAGCAGAGAGUGCUUCUGCGGCAACCAACUCGGCGGUGCUGUCGCCCCCUCAGGCGAUUGCUACAUGAAGUGCACUGGCGACUCUACCAAGAUUUGCGGUGCUAGGGACCGCCUUUCUGUUUAUCAGAUCCCCUCUCCUAACUAG